GAGUAUGCUUACCAAUAAAACAUCAGAGGCUGGCCGCUUGUAGACACAUGCAAGAAAUAAUAGGAAUUGAGUCACUCAGUACUUGCCCUCAAUGAUCUGGAAAUGUGGUCUGGGGUUUACAGGAAGUCUAUGUCUUGAUUAGCCUUUUUUUUGUGUGUGACUGAAGUCUUAAAAAUAUAAGUUGCCCAGUUGGAGCUGUAAGACUACGUGAUAGCAAGCGGCGAGACUCAAGAAGAUGGAGGAAAAUGAGAAAAGGAAGAAAGCCGAGUUCAGGAAAAAGAUGGAGAAAGAAGUGUCAGAUUUCAUUCAAGACAGUUCCCAACAGAAACGAAAAUACAAUCCUAUGGGGAAGAUUGAAAGGAGUAUAUUGCAUGAUGUUGCAGAAGUGGCCGGUCUGACUUCUUUUUCUUUCGGGGAGGACGAGGAGAGCCGUUACGUCAUGCUUUUCAAAAAGGAGUUUGCUCCAUCAGAUGAGGAGCUGGAAGCUUAUCGCAAAGGAGAGGAGUGGGAUCCACAGCUGGCAGAGCAGCGGCGCAGGCUAAAAGAACAGGCAGCAUUGGAAGAGACAGCAUCCAGUCAGACAAAGCAGCCAGAAACAUGUCCCAACUCCAACUACAGAGACAAGUACAGUCACCUGAUCGGCACCUCGGCUGCAAAAGAUGCAGCACACACACUGGAGGCCAACAGUGCUUACGGCUGCGUGCCUGUGGCUAACAAGAGAGACACUCGCUCCAUAGAGGAAGCCAUGAACGAAAUCAGAGCGAAAAAACGACAGAAGAUCGAGGACGACUCGGGGGCACACAGCAGCAGUUCAUGAGUCUCUACCAGCUUUCUGUCUACUUUUGUGUGUGUGUGUCUGGGUGCAUUAAUGUGUCUGUGUGCACAGUUUAAUUCAUCCUAUAAUGCAAUAUCUUGUACUUCAGACAUUUAAAAGUAUAACUUAAAUGGCAUCUGUUAAAUCCAGUAUGUAUGCUGCUCUCUGUCUUGUUAAAAUCAUGAAAUCUUGUUAAGUGGAGGAUGCUCAGGUGAGUGUGAUCCAGGAGCUGGAUUACUGUACAGUACGUGUUAGACAUUUGCUUCUGUCUAUUAUCAAGCUUCUCACACAUGAUCGAACCCUAUACAGUAUGAAGACCCUGUACAGCCGAUAUCUUCAUGCACAGUUUUUAAAAGGACAGUGAUUGGCUGGUUUGUUGCAGCUGUGCAUUUACAGUUGUAAGUGACAUUUUUAACAUCAAAGUAUUUUUAAAUGUUCUGAUCCGCAGCCAGGCUGGAUAAGGUUUUUAAAGCAACGUUUAGGAAAAAAGUCACGGCUGAAAAGUCAGUGUUUCAAUUAUCCAGUACAGCUUUUAAAAGAGGAACAGGGACACAGUCUAAUUACCAGCUUUUUUUUUCUUAGUAUCAACAGUUUCAGAUCUUUGUAAAGUCGGAAGCAUGCCAUUUUUUUGUCUUACUGUUUUUCUUGUUUUACUGUAUUGUGGAUUUUAGGAAUCUGUGAUUAAAUCGUGAGAUUUUCUUUGUUUCAGUUCAUCUGCACUGACUGUGAAUUAAGCUGUUACUCUUUUAUAAUGAAGCCAGGUGAUGGUUUGCAGUAGAAAGGGAGGGAGCAUAAGUACCAGACUCAUUGUAGGAAUAUGGGUCGCAUCUCUUUAGUUUGUCAUAUCUUCGAGUCAGUUUUGUGGCAUCUUGAUGUCCAUUUUAACAUGGUUGGACUGUUUUAUCCCCCAAUGUGUGUUAAUAAACAGAGAACAGUGUUAGAUCUU